AAUGAUUGCAUUUUAAAAUUUGGCGGUGGAGUGCUUUUGGGUGGAGUUUUUUCGUUACUUUUCUUCAAAAGAAAACGGUGGCCCGUAAUUCUUGGUGGCGGUAUUGGAAUAGGAAUGGCAUAUGCUAAUUGUGAACAAGAUUUAAAUGCUACCGUAUUGGCACAUCGAUCUCCACCUCCUUGUUUAUAAUACACGCAUUUUUAAAUAAAAAAGACAUUCUUUAGUCAAACCAUAAAAGCAUGGUAUUUGUAA